AUGCCCGUCACUGAGGUCGCUCUCCUGCGGCUCAAGGAACAGGAGCCAUCGGCCACUGUAAAGUCCGGUCUGUUAGAUGCUGCAAAGGAGCAAUCCGCGUGGUCAAAAUACUCAGUUCAUUUCCUCCGACAGGUCGAAGACCCGGUCUUUGUCUAUCUUCUUGGUGGAUGGGACUCUGUGGCCGAGCACCUUGGAGACUGGAUAACGUCCGAGCCAAACCAGCGAUUACUGGCUCAGCUAAAGGACGACCUCGAUAUAGAAUGGGUCUUCCAUUUGGACAUUCAUCCAUCGGACCCCAGGAUUCCCCUCAAUGCGCCUAUUCUUGGUAUAAGCAGGUACUUCGUCGAGCCCAGCAAGAAAGCAGCCUUCGACAGCGCCUUUAAAGCCGGCGUUCCACAUCUCGGCGAAAAUACGGCGCCGUUCACCUACGGUGGUGGGUGGCGCCUCGACAAGGCAGGCGAGGACGAGGAAUUCGUCCUCUUCAGCGGCUGGAAUAAUGUUGAAGACCACCUCGGCUUUGCCGAGUCCGACGUCUUUAAAGCAUUUGAGGGAAUCAAGAGCGCAGAGAUCAAGCACAUACGCCUGGUAAAUUGGGAUUAA